ACUCAUCAUCAUGCUGCUUCUUGAUGAACUCGAUGGCCAACGCUUAAUUCUGCUCCAAUCAUCGUUUGCGCAGUCGUCUCUCCCUAUUCUACGACAUCUAGUCUCGAAAAAUGCAAAGCGUAAAACCUUUCUAGUCUGUUUUCUUUACCCUCCCUCGAGUCUAGUCGACGACUCAAAGAGUCAGGAUGAAAAACCAGUGAUCCUCGACUUGCUUGAUCUCGUUCCCACUUACAAUGACGACUGGAGAGGCUCUCAAGGACAGAUCCUCACAGGCCUAGAAAAUGAACCUGAUACAUCCUCUAUCGAUGUGGUCAUAGACUCCCUCGAUACUCUACUUUCCGAUAUUGGUUCCGUGCAAGCCGUUUACGCGUUUCUGCGUUCUGUCCUUUCACUGAUUUCUUCUCGAUCAAAACCUUCACGUUUGAUCCUCCAUCUUUGCAUCCCAUGUCCACUAACCCCCCUUCUCACAUCUACCUCAUUCUUUCCUUCAUUAGCCCACUUAAUUUCUCAUCCUCCUGAAAUUCUUACGCAUCUCGCGAAAGAGUAUCUCACCUUCCCUCCCCCCAUUUCACCCGAAGUAAAAUUCUGGAGCGUCUUUAUUCCACUCAGUGAGCGCGACCAUGAGAGCGAACGAUUGGUUCUACAAGGAAGGGGUAGCGGAAAUCCAGAAGAAUUCGUGGUUGAGAUUAUCUUGAGAGGAGGAAGUGAUGCAUCUGGUCGACGUAAAGGCGUCCAGCGCACUCUUGAAGGGUGGAAUACCACCAAGGGCUACCCCAUGCCUUUAAACAAGUUGACUAGCUUGAGUGAUCUAUGGAAGCGGAAGUCUGUUGAAGAGACCGCUCCGGAUCCGACACAAAUCAUGUCUUUCAACUUGCAACUCACUCCCUCUCAGCAAGAAGCCCGAGCCAAGGUGCCCUUACCCUAUGUGUUGGAAGGUGCAUUUGUCAAAAUGCGCUUUUUAAGAACUGUCAACCUCAUCUGUAGACAGGACAAACUCAAUCUCAACAACAACCUUCCGGUGCCAUUUUCUACGAACCGGACUCAGCGGAUGACAUUGACGACGAUGAUCCGGACGAAGAUUUGGACAUUUAGUUUCCCAGAUAUUCAAGAUUUUGUAUCUCUAUUGUAGACUCGAGAGUCGAUAUCGAUCAUCUACUUCUUAGAACGCAAGCAUCACCACCUGAUGACUGAGUACUGAGCUCCCAAACCAGUUACUGAUGCGC